AUGAUGGCCUCCGACAAUAGAACCUCUGAGAUUACUGGAAUCGUCGUCGACAGCGUCCUCAAGGAGAAGGACCCUCAUGUCGUCGAGGUCGGCGAGCUGACCGUCUCGGCUAGGGCCCGCGAGCUUGUUGCCGAGCUCGACAGCGAGCUGCCCACCGGUCGCUGGGAGCUCUGGGCCUGGUACGGCUACUACUUUGCCAACAACAGCGCCGGCACGCUCAGCUAUGCCCCUCUGAUCUUCCAGUCCAUCCUCAGCCAGGUCGGCCAUGAUGGCAACGACCCCAGCCAGGACUGCAGCAACAGCCUAGACCCCUGCGUCGUCAAGUUUGGUAGCCGCACCAUGAACAUCGACACCGUCACGCUCACCUGCAAUGGCAUCAUCUUUGCUUUCAACGGCUUUCUGCUUCUGCUCCUCGGUCCAAUGGGCGACUACGGCCGCUGGAAGCGCUGGAUCCUACUGGCCUGCACUCUCAUCUGUUGGACCACCCAGUUUGCCUUUCUGGGUCUUAAGAACGGAGGCCAGUAUAAGGCUGCUAUAGUGAUCUACAUCCUGACGACCGUCUCAUACAAUCUCUGCCAAGGCUUCUGGCAGCCCUCCCUGCCGCUGCUAGCCCGCAACACUCCCGCUGCCAGAGAGACCAGACAGGUGUUUGUCCGCGGUGAGAUCAGCGAGGAUGAGUACGUCCACUGCCAGGUGCUGCAGCGCAAUAAGCUCAGCAAUAUCUCCUUUGCUGCCAUGAGCAUCGGCUACACCAUCGUGCUCAUCAUUGCCAUCGGCGCCGCCUUUGGCCUGCACGCCGAUGCGUCCACAGCCAACAACACCCACGCGGCCGUUGUGAUCGUCGGCAUUGCCACCGGCUUCUGGGUCCUCCUCGGCUCUCCCUGGUUCUUCCUCGAGAAGAAGCGGUCCCAGCCUCUGCCACCCGGCCAGACGUACUUUUCCGUCGGCCUCAAGGCCUACUGGCAGCUCCUCCGCCACUGCCGCAAACUCGGUCAGACAUGGCUCUACCUCUGCGGCUACUUCAUGCUCGCUGACGGCUACGCCACCUCCAAUCAACUCGUCGGCCUCUGCCAGAACAGCAUCGUCUCCUACAACACCAUCAUCUCCACCGAGCUCUACAUUGUCGCUGGCAUCUCCAACGUCGUCGGCAUCGCCAUCCUCUGGGCUGUCCAGCGCUACUGGCGCAUCUCCACAAAACCCAUGCUCAUGUGCAUCUGCGGCUUCCUUCUCGUUGUCCCCGUCUGGGGCUGUAUCGGCAUAGGCACAGACAACUUUGGCUUUCACAAGGCCUGGGAGAUCUGGGCCUGGAACGUCUACGACUGUGCUGCCAUUGCUCCCUUUUAUGCCUUCACGGCCACCAUGCUGGCAGACAUCAUCCCAAAGGGCCGUGAAGUCACCUUCUUCUCUCUCUGGGCCCUCUUUGGAAAGUCGACUGCUUGGAUUGGCCCCAUCAUUUCUGGCGUCAUUAUCGACCACACAGGCAGCACAUGGAAGGGUUUUCCGUUCUCACUUGGCCUUAGUGUUGCUGGCUUCGCUCUGAUCGCUCUGGUAAAUGUGCCCAAGGCCAGAGGACAAUGCGCUAUUUGGGCUGAGAACGAUCCAACUCUAAGCAAGGACAAGCGAGAGACUUCCUAG